AUGGAGUUUAGACGUCUAGAUCCACCUUGUUUUUCUGGCAAGCCAGAUCCUAUGGCAGCCGAGUUAUGGAAGUCAGAAAUAGAGAAACUUUUUCAAGUUAUGGGUUGUACUUCCAAGCAAUGUGUUACCUUAGCGACUUAUCAAUUGCAAGGAGAGGCAGAACAAUGGUGGAAGUCAGUUGUUCGUUCAGUAGAUCCAAAAUUUGUGUGGACAUGGGAAGCAUUUAAAGACCAGUUCGAUCGUAAGUUUUUCCCCGUAGCUGUUCGUCGUCAGAAAGCACAUGAAUUUGAUUCUUUGGUUCAGGGUGAGAUGUCUGUUGCUGACUAUGAGGCUCGUUUUAUAGAAUUAUCUCGUUUUGCUCCACAUUUAGUAGCCAAUGAUGAUUUAAAGGCGAGGAAAUUUGAGGAUGGUUUGCGUCCUAGUUUGCGAUCUCGAGUUAGAGGGUUUGAGUUGUCGACUCUUGAGGGAGUAGUAGCGAAGGCACAGAUUUUUGAGUCUGAUUGGAACCAACAACAAAGUACGCAUCCAUCUACUUCUAAUCAGCAAAGGAAGAGGAGAUUUAUUUCAGAGAGUGGUAGUAGUUUUCAGCCCUUUUCAUCCCCAAAGAGGCCUACAGUUAGAUAUGAUAAUGUAACAAGACUUGAUGUAAGACCCCCAGUAUUACCAUCUGUUCCUCAACGACAGUUUUUAGCCAAACCUGAUGUCAGAUCCCCAGUAUCACCGUCUGUUCCUCAAAGAGAGAUUCUCAGACUAAGGGAGGAGUCAUAGAAGGUAUACUUGUAGUAUCAUCCCUUUUUGCACGUGUCCUUUUUUAUUCUGGCGCAUCACAUUCAUUUAUAGCAAAUAGUUUUUGUCAGUCGUUGGAAUUGCCGAG